AUGAGUGUUGAGCAUCGAGCACGUGGAUAUGCGAUGCAACAGGACAUUCAUACUCUUAUCUUUGCUUGCAAUACAGAUGGAUGUAACAAUGUUACAACAUUAAAACGAAUUAUCAAUGCCUUAACUUUAACAGAAAAUUUGAAUGAAUUGGAGUCGCUUCUUGCACCAGGAUCUUAUCCAUCAUUCACCGAGCAAAAAUCAUGUUUGAAUAUUUCGAACGCAACAACAACUAAUCAAUGUACACCAGGUGCAUCAUCUAUGUCCAACUGUGUUGGUUGCCAAAUUCAAAUGAAAUCAAAUAUAUUUUGUGCUCAAUGUGCUCCGAGAUUUUCCAUAAGAAUAGAUGAUUAUAUGUUACGAAGUAAAAUAUUUUUCUUUGAUAAUCGCACGCAAAUCGAAAAUAUUGAACUUUUCUGCCGUGUGAAAGGUUGUAAUGCAUUGAGUAGUAUUGAUAAAAUUCGUCAAGCAAGUACGCUCGAAUUUAAUUUUGAUAAAUUUUUCAAUGGUACUUUUCCUUCCUCUUCUUCUGGUCAUGUUCUUCAAACAAUCAACAUUUAUCUUAUAAUGUUCAUCAUUAUUAUCGGGCAAAGAUUUCAUAGGUACAAUUCGAUCAUUUAA